AUGGGCCGUCGUCCCGCCCGCUGUUAUAGGUACUGUAAAAAUAAGCCAUACCCAAAGUCUCGUUUCUGCAGGGGAGUUCCUGAUGCCAAGAUCCGAAUCUUCGAUCUUGGUAGAAAGAAAGCCAAAGUGGAUGAAUUUCCACUGUGUGGCCAUAUGGUGUCAGAUGAAUACGAGCAGCUGUCAUCGGAAGCUCUGGAGGCCGCUCGGAUUUGUGCCAACAAGUACAUGGUGAAGAGUUGUGGCAAGGAUGGUUUUCAUAUCCGUGUGCGCCUGCAUCCUUUUCACGUCAUCCGUAUUAAUAAGAUGUUGUCAUGUGCUGGGGCUGAUAGGCUCCAGACCGGCAUGCGGGGCGCCUUUGGGAAGCCCCAGGGCACUGUAGCCCGUGUACACAUUGGCCAAGUUAUCAUGUCCAUUCGAACCAAGGUCCAGAAUAAAGAACAUGUGAUUGAAGCUUUGCGGAGAGCCAAGUUCAAGUUCCCUGGCCGCCAGAAGAUCCACAUCUCCAAGAAGUGGGGUUUCACCAAGUUCAAUGCUGAUCAGUUAGAGGAUAUGAUAGCUGAGAAGCGUCUCAUUCCUGAUGGCUGUGGGGUUAAGUACAUCCCCAGCCGGGGCCCCUUAGACAAGUGGCGAGCACUUCACUCGUGA